GAAGCAGGGCGGGCGGCGGCGCGGGUCAGGUGCUUUGCGCGGAGGUUGCGUGCAGGUGAGCCGCUGCGGUUUCGGGGGGCUCCCUCUCGCUCCCGCCACCUCCGGACUGUGACUUGGUCUACCAGAGGGAGCCUCCUCCAGGCCCUCGCUCCCAUUGCCCCAAACCGAUGCGGACAGACCGGAUCGCUGUGAGGAUUGUCUUACACUGAACUGAUCAAGUAUUUUGAAAAUGACUUCAAAGCUUCUCUCGGCAUCUUUUGCACUCGCUGCACUAACUCUUUCCACUACAUUUUCUCUCCAACCAGACCAGCAAAAGGUCUUACUGGUUUCAUUUGAUGGAUUCCGUUGGGAUUACUUAUUUAAAGUUCCAACACCCCAUUUUCAUUAUAUUAUGAAAUAUGGUGUUCAUGUGAAGCAAGUUACUAAUAUUUUUAUUACAAAGACCUACCCUAACCAUUAUACUUUGGUCACUGGCCUCUUUGCAGAGAAUCAUGGGAUUGUUGCAAAUGACAUGUUUGAUCCUAUUCUGAACAAAUCUUUCUCCUUGGAUCACAUGAAUAUCUAUGAUUCCAAGUUUUGGGAAGAAGCAACGCCAAUAUGGAUCACAAACCAGAGGGCAGGACAUGCCAGUGGUGCAGCCAUGUGGCCUGGAGCAGAUGUAAAGAUCCAUAAGAGCUUUCCUACUCACUACAUGCCUUACAAUGAGUCCAUUUCAUUUGAAGAUAGAGUUGCCAAAAUUAUUGAAUGGUUUACAUCAAAAGAGCCCAUAAAUCUUGGUCUUCUCUAUUGGGAAGACCCGGAUGACAUGGGCCACCAUUUAGGACCUGACAGUCCACUCAUGGGGCCUGUCAUUUCAGAUAUUGACCACAAGUUAGGAUAUCUCAUACAAAUGCUUAAAAAGGCAAAGUUGUGGAAUGUUGUGAACCUAAUCAUCACAAGUGAUCAUGGAAUGAGCCAGUGUUCUGAGGAAAGGGUGAUAGAACUUGACCAAUAUCUGGAUAAAGACCACUAUACCCUGGUUGACCAAUCUCCUGUAGCUGCCAUCUUGCCAAAAGAAGGUAAAUUUAAUGAAGUCUAUGAAACGCUGGCUCAUGCUCAUCCGAAUCUUACUGUUUACAAAAAAGAGGAGAUUCCAGAAAGAUGGCACUACAAAUACAACAAUCGAAUUCAACCAAUCAUAGCAGUGGCUGACGAAGGGUGGUAUAUUUUACAGAAUAAGUCAGAUGACUUUCUGUUAGGCAACCAUGGUUAUGAUAAUGCAUUAGCAGAAAUGCAUCCAAUAUUUUUAGCCCACGGUCCUGCCUUCAGAAAGAAUUUCACAAAAGAAGCCAUGAACUCCACAGAUCUGUACCCACUGCUGUGCCAUCUCCUCAAUAUCACCGCUAUGCCACACAAUGGAUCAUUCAGGAAUGUCCAGGAUCUGCUCAAUUCAGCAUCUCCAAACGCAAUUCCUUAUACACAGAGUACCACACUCCUCUUUGGUAAUGAUAAACUAGGAGAAUAUGAGCAAGAGGAGUCAUACCCUUAUUUCAUAGGGGUCUCUCUUGGCAGCAUGAUAGUGAUUGUAUUUUUUGUAAUUUUCAUUAAACAUUUAAUACAUAGUCAAGUACCUGCCUUACAAGACAUGCAGGCUGAAUUUGCUCAACCAUUAUUACAAGCUUAAUGCUUCUUUGAAAUGGAAUUGCAUAUCGAAGUGGAGAUUGCAUAAUUAUGUCAAUGUUUAAAAGUUUCAAAUUCUAGGAAACCAGUUUCAGACAUCUGCAGAGGCCAUCAAGCAGUUAAUACAUAUUUAGGCACAGUGACACAGACACAUGUACACACACAAACCAAAAUACUUAACACCUACAAAGGAGUAAAGAUGUGAGAGUAUUACUCCAUUGUUUUCUCUAGCUUAGGGGUAGAUGAGAUCUGGCUUUAUUUGGACUUGGCACAUAUAAUGUAUAUAUUUAGCAACUUUGCACUAUUUAAAGUACCUUGUACAUUGCACUUUAAAUUACUCUCCUAGUGGGUACUUUUCUUUGAAAUGCACUUUACAGACAAUUAUGUCUUAUAACUUGAUUGAAAACAACUUUUUCACCCAUAUCACAGAAUACAUGUAUUUCAUGUUCAAAUUGAAAUUUCUGAAUAAUGUAUAAAUCUAUAAAUAUAUCUCCUUAAAUUGGGAUAACAAGAAGAAAGUGAACAUUUGAAAGUUAAAUGUGACAAACUUCGUACCUUGAAUUUUGGAGAGAUGCAUUCCCAACAGCAGGUUGCGUCUGUGGGCAUUUCUUGUUAUGUUUCUUUCCAAAGGACAUAGGUUUUUCAUUCAUUUUUUUUCUUCCAAACAGAUUCAAAUACAUGCAUUCUAAACAUAAUUGUUUUUGUCAUAAAUUAUUGCUAGUUUCUGAUUAGUCACAGUACUGACUUUAUAAUAACGAAGACACCAUGAACAUAUGUUUCUUUUCUAUAUAAUCCAACAGUGGCCUGAAGAGCAGAGAUCAGGUACCAUCUCUGCAGUGCUUUCUCUUGUCUGUAAUUAUUUGCUUCUAUGAAAACUAAAUCACUAUUAAUCACAUUAAAAAUCAAAUAAAACAAAACAGUGUGUGUGUGUGUGUGUGUGUGUGUGCUCUAGUAGCACAUAAUAAUAGUACAGACGUCUUUUAGGUUUGAUCCUUUGAAGAUCCAGAGUUGCAAAAGAAUGCAAAUCAUAUUAGAUAAAAUAUAGGCCACUGGAUCCUGGAUCAAAGAGAGCUGUGUGGAACCUGGCAAAAAAUCAGGACCACAUCUGAGCUGUUCCACUGUAUCCAGCAGAGUGGCAAAGGGUACCUAAUGGCACAAACUAGUGAAAUAACUCUUAGUGGUAACAUUGAAACACAGAGGAGCUGAGAUUUAUUUAGCCCAGUUUCAAAAAAUAUUUGAAUACCCACCUGCCAAGUGCCUGAAAUCAAAGAUGAAUCCACAUUCACAAAUAGAUUCUACUUCUCAAUAUUAAUCAUCUGCCUGGUCAUCUCAGCCCCUCUCAUUCCAACAACCCAAAGCUGUGUUUUAGAUCACUAAGUAAUCAAGUUGGGGAUAGGCACAACACUGCAUAUAGCUUCUUAAAGGAAUGAAGACACUAUGAAAACAUAAGCUUUCUUUAAAAAAAAAAAGGGGAAAAAAACAAAAUAGACAUAUGACCUACAGAUAAUACUGUGACUUCUCCAUGUUUAUACACCAGUUGACUAAUAAAUAGAUAACAUGAUAUAACUUUCAAAAAGAAAGGACAAACAAUAUGAAGAAAAAGAGUGACAUAGUUAAAAAUGACUGAAUUUCAGUAUUUCCUAAAAUUAGAUGAAUGAAUUAUUUUCAAGUGAUAAUGCCAAUAAAUAAUGUUAGCACCUGAUUCUUUUUCCAUUAAAAGCCACUUAAGUAGGAUAGAAAUGGAAUAACAGGACAAGGCCAAUAUUAAAAAAAAAAAAAUGAGAAGUUAAUUAGAGAACAAACUCUAGAAAUCUGGACUCUGGCUUGGACUUCCCAGAAUGUGUGAGCACUCAUUUGGCUUGCACUGUAACUAUGAACUUACCUGCACCUUUGAGGGAUCAGUAUAGUGACUUGAAGAUGAAGUUGGACCAUUUUAAAGCAUUAUUCAAAUGCUGUCUGUGCAUUUAAAUUGUUAAAUUUAUUUUAGAAUAUGUUAUCACCUUAGAAAAAAGUACAUUCUGUAACAAUAAUGAGAGCAUUAAAAUUGUGAUGUGAAGAUUAUUGAAUGGUUUAUUCGUAGACACCCUAUUUUCCUGUAAAAUAUCAGAAGAGUUUACUUGAAGAAAAAUUUUUAAAAUUUCUGGAAAUGUCUUACCACUCCUUGCCCUUUGAUAGCUUCUUU